AUGGACAGAGACCGCAGUGGGGACAGUGUGCUGGACCUCAGCUUCGAGGCCGAGAGCCCUCUGGCGCCCCCUGCUGAACUCUUGGAAGGCCUGCCUGGCUGCGACUGGCUUCUUCAGGGGGGUCAGUAACAGAUAUUUUUCCCACCUUCCCAGGCCCCAGGGGAGCAUCAGGCACCGACGCCCUGGUCCUUGUUCCUGGCACACAGAGCCCCCGUGGUGACGGAGGAGGUGGCCCGGGAAGCCCUUCUCAGCUUCGUGAACUCCAAAUGCUGUUACCCCAGCAUGACAGCGGGAGACCUUGUCAUCCAGGAAUUGAGGCAACAGACCCUCUGUAGGUACCGGCUGGAGACCUUCAGCGAAUCUAGGAUAAGCGAGUGGGCGUUCCAGCCGUUCACUGACCAUGCUGUUGACGGGCCCCAACAGGGCGCCUCUCCUGGCGUUUGGGAGAUGGAGGUGCAGAUGCCGCCCAUGUUUCAGGAAGACACCAGAAGGUUCCAAGUGCCUCACUCUGCGCUGGUCAAGGACUGUCACAAAUGCCACGGGCGUGGGCGUUACAAGUGCAGCGUCUGCCACGGGGCUGGCACGGUUCGAUGUCCAUCCUGCAGCAGAGCCAGGAGCAAAGCGGGGCAGGUCCGGAGGUGUCACAUGUGCUCCGGAUCCCACAGACGCAGGUGCUGCACGUGCUCGGGGCGGGGCCACAGGAUGUGUGGCACCUGCAAGGGGGAGCGGAAGCUGCUGCACUUCGUCCAGCUGGUCAUCAUGUGGAAGAACAGCCUGUUUGAGUUUGUGUCUGGGCGUCAGCUUCGGUGCCCCGCGGAGCUGCUAGCGAAGGCCAAGGGAGAAAACCUCUUCCGGGACGAAAACACCACGGUGUACCCCAUUGUGGACUUCCCCCUACGGGACAUCUCUCUGGCCUCCCAGAGGGGCAUCGCGGAGCAUGGAGCUUCUGUGGCCUCCAGGGCCCGCGUCCUGCAGCAGCGCCAGACCAUUGAGCUGAUCCCCCUCACGGAAGUUCAUUACCAGUACCACGGGAAGACGCGUGUCUACUACAUCUAUGGCACCGACCACCAGGUGUACGCAGUAGACCACCCUGAACGGUACUGCUGUGGCUGCACGAUCAUCUGA